AUACUUCCGGUGUUACCAAUCAAACCCAACACUCACAGCCACUCUAUGUCAUCACCUAUUCACAGUUCCAUAUCAGCUUCAGUCCCCUUUAGCUGGGAAGAAGAGCCUGGCAAGCCCAAGCAACACUCUUCUUCUUCUUCUUCCUCCUCUUCCUCACCAUUAACUUCUUAUUCUUCAUCUCCUUUUGAAACCCACAAGUCCUUGGAGCUACCACCAAGGCUUCACUUACUUGAAAAAGAUGGAGGAUCAGUCACCAAACUUCACUCGCCUAUAACAGUCUUUGAUGGACCUUAUAGCAUGACGAGAUCAAAAAGGAUGGAUUCACCUUCCUUUAGGAUGAUGGUGAAAGGUAGUGCUGAUUGUUAUGGGUCUUUCAGGAGUGACAUCUAUGGUGAUUUAGAGGAUGUGGAAGUGGACUCUAAGCAGCAGGAGAACUUGAGUAGUGGCUCUUUGGUUGUUGUAAAGAAGAGAGGGAGAUUAGGGUUUUUUGGGUUUAGGAGGAGGAGAGCAUUGAAAGGAAAAACAGAGUUUGGUAGAGGUAGUUAUGUGUUUCCUUCUUCUGUAGACAGAGAGAGUGAAUACAGCAGAAAAGAAGAGGAAGAAGAAAAAGAAGACAAAAGCUUUGGUUAUGGUGAUGGUGAUGGUGAUGGUAUUAGUUGCAGCCAAAGCAGCAGAUUUUGUGAAGUGAAUAUCUCAAGCAUUAGCAGAACAGGGAGCUUCUCUACUCUGCCUGCACCAACUUCUUCUUCUUCAAAGUCUCACUUUUGGACGAAUGUGUAUGCAGGACUAAAGCAAGUGGUUCCAUGGAAGAACAAGAAGACUACAGUUUAAGAAUGUUCUGCCCUACCAAAGAUUCGAAAGACAAAACACCAAAAAACAAGAAAGCUCCUCUGGUUUCUAUAGUUUUCUACAAGUAUUUUAAAGCUUCUGUUUAUGAUUUUUUUCAAUGUUUCCAAGAAAAUGACAUGACUAGU